AUGCUCAGCGGCUUUGCCCUCGACCAGGCGCAGGUCGCCCUGCAAAAGGCCGCCGCCAGGGAGAUGACGCCCUGGGAGGCGACCUACACGGGCCACCUGACUGCCGAGCACGCGACCAUCGCCGACCCCUUCGAUGCUUACAAGAUGCGCGCCGGUAUGCCCCUCAGGAAGCGCCUUCUCGGCCAGCUCGCGCCCCAGGCGCGCCCCGAGGCCACCCUAUUCGGCGCCCAGACGACGCGCGGGGCGAUCGGCCUCGCCGCCGCCGGCGACGCGCCGCCCGCGCGCGCGGCGGCGGUGGGGUUUGAGGCCGGCCUCGCGGACACGGUGCAUCCCAACCUGGACACGACGUUCCAGCUGGGCAUGGGCGAGCUGCCAGAGGUCUCCGCACUUAGGCCGCGGCCGCAGCCGCGGCCAAUGGACGUGCCGACGGAGACUACGCCAUGGGCCGCGGGUGCGUAA